AACAAAUAUUCGAUAGAGUAAUGGGACUGAAGAACAUAAAAGGUUAUCCAGAACAAAUAAAAAAAGACGUGAAAAAGUUGGUAUCAAAGAAGAUGACUACUAAAUUCGGGCAAAUAGUGAAAAAUAUAAUGGUUCCUGUAGCGGAUAAGAAGAAGCCAGAAAGUCAGAAAUGGACAGAGGAAAGAAGAAGGGAGAUGGGAGAAAAAAUGAAAAGAAUAUGUGCAGGAAAUAAAAAGACCUAGAAGUAAUAUACGCGAGGUCGAUCGUUGGCCUGUAUCACGAUAAAUAAAUAAAUAAACAAAAGAAAAAAAGCUUUCGGGCUGAAGCCCCCCUCUCCGAAAAUUUCUGGAUCCGUUAGUGCUUUCCCCACCCUGGUAAUACUGAUCUUGUUUGCUCCCUCUGUUGGUAUUCCCCAGCAUUACCGGUUGCUUUGCGUUUUCCUGCUAUUGAUAUUCAGUGUUGUCUUGUCAGUCAAUUGAAUUACUUCUCCAACAAUUGAGUGUUCAUAUGAAAGAAAAUACUAAGAAAUAGAAAUGGAAGCAUUUUUGAAAUUAUGUUUCUGCUUUUUGGCAGUACUGCUGUUUAACGUCGACUUCAUAGAGGGUAAUAAACCUAUUGUGACUUGUUACGUGUCAUCGUGGGCGGUCAACAGAGGAAAAUGGAGUGUAAGCGAAGCGGACACGAAGCACUGCACCCAUAUUAUAUAUGCCUACAUGGGGAUAAAUGAAAACACGAGUGAAAUUAUGAAUAUUGAUCCUUCGGUAGAUCUUGGUAAAGGCCAGCUGAAACAGCUUACAGAACUGAAGAAGUCUAAUCCAGACUUGAAAAUUCUUGUCAGCGUUGGUGGAUGGUUUACAAGCUCUAUCAAGUUUUCUGAUAUUGCAAGAAAUCCUUCAAAGAGUACUACUUUUAUCAACAGUCUCAUAAAGUUCAUAAGACAGUGGGAUUUAAAUGGCAUUGACAUUUGUUGGCAGUACCCUGGUCAGAGAGGAGGAAAACCAGAUGACAAGAAAAAUUUUGUAAACCUUUUAAAGGAUAUCAAAAAAGUAUUCCAGUCUAAGGGAUUGCUUCUCACAGUCUACGUCUCUGCUCAUCUUGACAAAAUUAGGACAGGCUAUGAUGUGAAAUCAAUAUCAGAGGUAGUUGAUUAUAUCAACUUAGCUGCUGUAGAGUAUCACGGGCCAUGGAUGAAAACUACAGGAAUCAUGGCUCCUCUGAAUUCGACUGAUGAAAAUAAUGUUAUAGCGAGUGUUGAUUACAUACUUCAGAGAGGAUCAAUUCCUAGCAAAAUACUAUUAGGGCUCCCAACUUAUGGACAUACCUACAUCACCAAUGAAAAAAUUGAAAUUGACAAGAAGUAUAUUGGAUUACCCUCUGAUCAAGGAUUCCCAUCACCGUGGACACAAACCCCAGGAAUGAUAGCCUACAAUGAGAUAUGCCUCGAUCUGAAAAAUGAUAAUAACUGGAAUGAAGGAUUCGAUAAAAAUUCUUCUACACCAUUCGCAUACAUGGACUACAAAUUCGUCAGUUUCGACAAUAAAAAGAGUUUAAUUGAAAAGGCAAAGUUGGUCAAAAUACAUAAACUUGGAGGCAUCAUGUUGUGGACAUUAGAUACGGACGAUUUCCUUGGACUAUGUCAUGAUAAAAAGUACCCAUUGCUAACUGCUCUCACUGAAUAUCUUGAGAAUGAAGACAACUUAAAACCUUCAAAUAAGAAAGCUGUAACUGGAGAUUAUCAUAAAUGAAGUGCACUGAUUUUUAUUUGAAAUUUUUAUUUCAGAAAAAGAAUUUAUAAACAAUCCUUUUUGUUUUAAUUAAAUAAAUAUCUUAUUAUGGUUUUCAUUUAUUGG